GACUUGCAAAUGAUUUUUUGACUCUUUCUGCAACGGACCCCAGACCAGUAACAUAACAAAGAAAAAAAUACGAGACACGAUACACAAACGCACCCUUACACACACACCAUGGACCUCUAUGUCCAGCACACAAAACACACACAGGACCUGUCCAGCAUUUACACCCUAUGCCGCCCUAUGGCUAUGCCUACGGCCAGUGCAAGAAAUUUGAUUUCGCAAUCAAUCGCACAUGUGUGUUGUUUGUACACAAAGCUGACGCUGAGCACGUGUGUAAUUCUACCACACAUCUCGAACUACACAUUUGCAAUGUGAACUUAAUUUAAACGAAGAAGAAUUUCCGAUGGCGACGAAGCGCGACAGCUUUUCAAAGCUCUCUAUUUUACAGAAGAGGAAAAUGCUGCAACAAAUGAAGAGGCCACCAGUCUACUACGAGCCGGAGUACGGCUCCAGGCCAGUCCCAGUCUGAUUAUCAUGGUUAUUGAGUCGAGUUUUGGCGAUUUGACAUCAGCUACGGGUUCGAAGAUUGCAGCAAGCAACGACGUUGUGUUCGAGCAGAUCCCGUUGGUGCAGAGAGAGGUGGAACUUGAAGUGUUCAGUGAAAGCAGUGUUGUUCAAAGAGAGAAAGUACAUCCAUGUACACUACAACAUGAACCCCAUGCAAGUGAAGUUGAGAUUCAAGCAGGUGGCUACUCAACAGAAGUAGAUUUCCCUUUCAAAAAGUCGGAUUGUUACAUUUCUGAAGUCGAUAUUAACUUUAAUUCACCAGAUCAACCCUGAGGAAGAAAACGUCAGAUGGUAUGUUUUGCUGACAUAGAGACAGAGUCUGACUCCUCUCAUUGCUCUGAAGCUGUAUCAUGUACGUGUAGAAGGAACUUCAGCAAAAAGUGAAAUGCAGCCUGUCUGGAAUUAGCGGCAAUACUGAUAAUGAAAUGCUGCAGAAGUUAUUGUCUUCAUAAGAUAUAAAGAAUAGAUGCAAGGCCCGCAGAGGAUUUCAGAACAAGACUCUAGCAGAUCAGAGGCUAUGGAUUUUGCAGUACCUUAUUGUACAUCACAACUUUGUAAACAUGGAUGGAGACUCAUCCUUGGGAUUACUAUGACCCGCUUAUGGAAGAUGGAGUCAGGGUUAGCAGAAGGAUUGGUGACAUCUCGUCCAUCAAAUCACCAUCGUAAAGGACUUUGUUCUUUGUCUGUGAUGAUGUCAAUGGUGUGGCUUAGUGAAUUUGUCGAUAAGUUUGGAGAGAAACUGCCAACCAACAACAAAAUCCAUCUUCUUCAUGCCUUAUACAUGGAAAUGUGUAUCGGAUUAUGAAGGAGGAAGUAGAAGAGCAAGGAGGUUCUGUUUGUAGUCAGCAAUACUUCUUCCGCAAAUGGAGAAUGGAAAUGUCUCAUGUUACCAUUCCAAAGGUGAACCGGUUUUUGAAAUGCGACAUAUGCACCAAACUGAAAUCUUGCCUAGAGAAGACAACUGGCAGAGAAGAGAGACAAACUUUACUGCAAGAAAGAGAGUCACACCUUUUCCAGCAAAAUUUGGAAGCAACAUUGCAUAGAGAACCAUGUGAUCUAUGUAUCAGUAUUGUGCAGGUAAAGGUAGGAUUUUUAAUGAAGGGCCACACACACGAGGACAUUGACCAGCUAUUCACCCGGGUUUCAACAUGCAUAACACGGCAAAACAUACCAACGCUUUCAUCUCUGCUUUGAUCCAACUUCGGAGUUCUCAAAUUAUGAACAACAACCUAUUCAAGCGGUCCAUCUAGGUACUAAGCAGAAAAGGCCUCAACAUCCAUUAUUAAAACUGGGAGAUACGGUUGCAGUCUACUUAGAAGAGUUCAGUAAUGAGUGGCCGCGAGUGAGCAAAGUGUUAGAAAUGACUGGAGACAGUGUGAAGCUGCAUUAGUACUCAGGAUCAGAAACGUCCACGUGGAUAUCGCCUACCACAUCAGUUCGAGGACAGAAGGGUCAGCCGUACACGGGAGAAGUCUCUCUUCAAGAGGUCAUUUCUUUCCCCUACAGUCUCACUAAAACAAACAAAUUACCAUAGGAUAUCCAGCGUCACGUGAAGAAUACUUUGCAUGUUAGGUCUGUAUGAACAUACACUGUAUUCAUACCAAUUUGGAAUGAGUUUGUUUGUCCAGGACUCAA